UCAAUGUUGAUUAUGUAUGAUAUAGUAAACAAUAUUAGAUUUGUGCCUCUGAGACUAAUUAUAAUUACCGAUUUUCCAAUUUUAUUUUCUUUAGGUAUACAUUUUUAACAACUUACAUAAAACAUGAACAUGUAUAGAAAUUGUAUAUGACAUGAAUGGUGAUAGUAUAGUUGUUCUUGUUUGAAUUGUUUUCGUGAACAAGUGUGAUUAAUUUAAUAAUAUUGUGAAACUUAGGAAUAUAUUAAAUAAGAAAAUGGAAACUAAGCGUUACAAGCCAAAAUCUACAAAAUUUCCAGAAACUGCUUACACUUAUUAUAUCAAACAAUAUUGUAAAAGAAAAGGCACUUCGGAAACCAAGUAUACCAAUGUCUUAGUUGAAGCAACAAAGUCAUGGUUGUCUUUAACAGAAGCUGAGAAACAGCAACUAACCACAACACACAAGGAGAUAGAACAGAAGUUCAGAUUACACUAUAUUGAUCAGUUGAAAAAUGCAGAACCUUUCUUGAAAAAGAAAAAUUUAUCUGGACAGAUAAGCAAGGAUUUUGUUAAAAGUAAUUCGGAAAUUCAGGAGUGCCUAGAACAGGUUGAAGAUGACUGCUUGCAAAUAGACACACAUGAAGUAAUAGAUGAUUGUAAUGAACCAUUAAUAGAAAACAAUAUCCAAGAUUUGCAAAAUAAUCAAGAUCUUCAAGAAGAUGGACCUAAUGAAUCCCUUAGGGAUGUAGAAGAAAUACCCAGCAUCCCUCUGGUGGAACCAUCACCUCCCACAAUAAAAUCUAGCAAAGAUUUAUUUUGUUUGCUUAAUUCUGUGAAUGGAUCCAGCACCUUAAACUGGACAGACCUAACACCAUCACAAAAGAGCCAGUACCGAAGUGCCGUAUGUUUAUUGAAAAAAGAUUACCUCAACAAAUAUAAAGAAUAUUUGUAUAAUUUAGCUCCAAAAGAAUUAUUUGAUUAUUAUCAUACAAGAAUAUUUUAAGUAUUGAAUAAAAUCAAUUUGUAA